GGGAGGUGAAGCUUGUUCUGCUGCUGAGGUGCACUGACUGUGUGCAGGUCAGAGGGAGAUGGACAGCUGUGUGGCGCUCAUUCUUCUGUCCUCCGCAAUCUCACUCACCACAGCUGACAGUGUGAGGUUGGUGGAUGGUGGCAGUCGCUGUGCUGGGAGAGUGGAGGUUCUUCAUGAUGAUCAGUGGGGAACAGUGUGUGAUGAUGGCUGGGGCAUAAGAGAUGCAGCAGUUGUGUGUAGAGAGCUGGGCUGUGGAAACGCUUUAACUGUACUAAGAGAUGGUCAUUUUGGACCAGGGUCAGGACAAAUUUGGAUGGAUAAUGUGGACUGUAGUGGAUCAGAGUCCACACUGAAGAACUGUAGGUCAAGAGGAUGGGGUAAACAUUAUUGUAAUCAUGGUGAAGAUGCUGGAGUCAUCUGCUCAGGUCAGAUGCUCAGACUUGCUGAUGGUUCACAUCUCUGCUCUGGGAGAGUGGAGGUGCUUCAUGGAGAAACCUUGUCUACAGUGUGUGAUGCUGGCUUCGACCAGCAGGAUGCUGAGGUUGUGUGUCGAGAGCUGGGCUGUGGGCUUCCUGUGGAGGUGCUGGGAGCAGCUGCUUUUGGUAGAGGAGAGGGUCAGGUGUGGUCAAAGGAGCUUCAGUGUAGAGGCAAUGAAUCUCAGAUUCACUUCUGUCCAUCAUCUUCACUGAAAAACAACUGCUCCCAUGACAGUGAUGUUGGACUGGGGUGUUCUGGUCACACUCAGGCUUGGCUGGUAAACGGCUCUGACUCCUGUUCUGGUCGAGUAGAGCUCCAGUACCUCAGUGAAUGGGGCACAGUGUGUGAUGUAAGCUGGGAUAUGAGAGCUGCCAGUGUCCUCUGUGGUCAGCUGAAGUGUGGGAGUGCUGUGGCUGUGUUGGGGUCAGAAUGGUUUGGGGAGGGGAGUGGCCAGAUCUGGGCUGAUGUGUUUGAUUGUCAGGGGAACGAAACACACCUGUCAAAAUGUCCCAUUUCAUCAUGGAGUCGAACUGCAUGCUCUCAUAAACAGGAUGUUGGAGUCAUCUGCAGUGAUUCCUCUCUGGCGUUUCAUGAGGGACGAGUGUGGUUGUCUGGAGGGAUGGAGUGUGAGGGAGAGGUGGAGGUGUACUUCAGGCAGGACUGGAGGAGAGUUCUGCUGGACUCCUGGAGUGAGUCUGAGGCCUCUGUGGUCUGCAGACAGCUGGGCUGUGGCUCCGUGUUCAGCUUCUCCAGCUCCUCUACAUCCAGUCCUGAACACAGCCACAUGUGUGUGACGGGUUUCAAUUGUUCUGGGAGUGAAGCUCAUCUGGGGAACUGCAGCAGCGCACAAGCAGUCAACUGCAGCUCCAGAGAUCAGCUCUCAAUCUCCUGCUCUGGUAAGUUUAAUCCAGCUAUCAGCUCCAUCAGGCUGGUUGGUUCAGGGGGAGACUGUGCAGGAAGGGUAGAGGUUUUCCACAGAGGCUCAUGGGGGACAGUGUGUGAUGACUUGUGGGAUAUUGAGGAUGCUCAGGUGGUGUGCAGACAGCUGCAGUGUGGAGUGGCCCUCAGUGACCCGUUACCAUCCUGGUUUGGACCUGGAACUGGACCCAUAUGGCUGAAUGAGGUGGAGUGUGAGGGGAACGAGACGUCCCUGUGGAACUGCAGAUUUCAGCUGUGUGGAGAGGAUGAAUGUGGUCACACUGAGGUUGUAGGGGUCAUUUGUUCAGAGUUUAAAGAGAUCAGACUCACUGAGGGCUGUCAGGGGAAUCUGGAAGUGUUCUACAAUGGAACCUGGGGUAAUGUGUGUGUAAAUGGGAUGGAUGAAGAAACAGCAAGUUUGAUCUGUCAGGAGCUGAACUGUGGAAGAUCUGGCAGUGAGAGGGCUACCAAAGCAAGAGUGGAAUCAGCUCCUAACUGGCUGGACAAUCUGAAAUGUAGGAAACAUGACUCCACUCUGUGGCAAUGUCCAUCUUCACCCUGGGGACAGAAUAAGUGUGACAAUAGCAAUGAAGUGGCUCACAUUAUUUGCUCAGAAGAGGACAGUCGUGUGUUACGAAGUCAUCUGAAAUGCUCUUCAUCUUCCCAUCACAAACAGUGCUCAAAUCACCUGCCUAUCAGGCUGAGAGGAGGAAAGGGAAGCUGCUCUGGGAGGCUGGAGGUGUAUCAUAAUAAAACAUGGGGGUCUGUCUGUGAUGAUCAGUGGGACAUCAAUGACGCUAAGGUGGUCUGCAGGCAGCUGGGCUGUGGGUCUGCGCUGACUGUUGAUGUCAGUCCUGUCUUUGGUGGUAAAGGGCCUAUCUGGCUGAGCAGAGUGAAGUGUAGCGGGAAUGAGAUUCAUCUGUGGGACUGUCCUCAUUCCCUGAAGAAACAUAUUGACUGCUCACGGUGGCAAGAUGCUGAAAUCAGCUGUGCAGAUAAUUUCUUUCUAAUUGUUUCUGAAUAGAUUCUUCAGAGCUCUAUACAAAUUCUCUUCUAUAUUUUUAUAGAAACAACCACUCCUCCACAAAAUCUUCCUCUAGCUGUUCCAUCCAUCUAUCCAGUCUCUCUCCUGGUUCUAGGAGUGCUGCUCUUCCUGACCUUAGUGCUUCUGGUUGUGCUGUUUUACCAGAACAGAGUGCUCAGGAGAGUGCUCUCUAAGAGGAGGCAUAAGACUCUGACUGAGGCAGUCUAUGAGGAGAUUGACCACAGAUACACCACUAAAACAAAUGACCCAACCCAAACUGGAAGUGUCCUCUCUGAAGAACAGCAUUCAGGAUAUGAGAAUGUGGAUGAGGAGAUUCUCUCAGGUAAGAGGACCAGAACAUUAAAAUCAGAAUAUUAUGAUGAUGUCAUCACCAGUGGUCUGAUAAGUGAAUCAGCAAAUAAGGUCUAUGAUGAUGUCAUCACUGCUGGACAGAUCUCUGAGAAUAGGGAGAUGGACAGCUGUGUGGCUCUCAUUUUUCUGCUUUCCACUGUCACACUCACCACUGCUGUCAGUGUGAGGUUGGUGGAUGGGGGCAGUCGCUGUGCUGGUAGAGUGGAGGUUUAUCGUAAUCGACAAUGGGGAACAGUGUGUGAUCAUUAUAAUCAGUGGGAUAUGACAGACGCUGCAGUGGUGUGUAGAGAGCUAGACUGUGGAGAGGCUGUCAGUAUUCCUAACUUUGGUCCAGGAUCAGGACAAACAUUGAUGGGAAUAGUGCAGUGUGAUGGAUCAGAAUCUAAACUGAUUAGUUGUCCUUUUAAUCCAUAUUAUAGUUACUACUGCACUUCUCAUGAUCAAGAUGUUGGAGUCAGUUGCUCAAGUAAACUUACUGGUGGUCCUCAUCUGUGCUCUGGGAGAGUGGAGGUGCUUCAUGGAAAGACCUGGUCCACAGUGUGUGAUGCUAACUUUGACCAGCAGGAUGCAGAGGUUGUGUGUCGAGAGCUGGGCUGUGGGCUUCCUUUAGAGGUGCUGGGAGCAGCUGCUUUUGGCAAAGAAGAAGGUCAUGUGUGGACAGAGGAGCUUCACUGUAAAGGGAAUGAAUCUGACAUUACUCUCUGUCCCAUAUCAACUUCCGUGAAACACGACUGCCAACAUGAUAACCAUAAGGGACUUGUAUGUUCUGGGGCUCGACUGAUGAAUGGUUUGGACUCAUGUUCUGGUCGAGUGGAGCUCCAGUACCUCAGUGAGUGGGGCACAGUGUGUGAUGUAAGCUGGGAUAUGAGAGAUGCCAGUGUCCUCUGUGGUCAGCUGAACUGUGGGAGUGCUGUGGCUGUGUUGGGGUCAGACUGGUUUGGGGAGGGGAGUGGCCGGAUCUGGGCUGAUGUGUUUGAUUGUCAGGGGAACGAAACACACCUGUCAAAAUGUCCCAUUUCAUCAUGGAGUCGAACUGCAUGCUCUCAUAAACAGGAUGCUGGAGUCAUCUGCAGUGGUUCCUCUCUGGUGCUUCAUGAGGGGCGAGUGAGGUUGUCUGGAGGGAUGGAGUGUGAGGGGGAGGUGGAGGUGUACUUCAUGCAGGACUGGAGGAGAGUUCUGCUGGACUCCUGGAGUGAGUCUGAGGCCUCUGUUGUCUGCAGACAGCUGGGCUGUGGCUCUGUGUUCAGCUUCUCCAGCUCCUCUACAUCCAUUCCUGAACACAGUCACAUGUGUGUGACGGGGUUUAAUUGUUCUGGGGGUGAAGCUCAUCUGGGGAACUGCAGCAAUGCAGAAGCAGUCAACUGCAGCUCCAGAGAACAGCUCUCAAUCUCCUGCUCUGCCAUCAGGCUGGUUGGUUCUGGGGGAGACUGUGCAGGAAGGCUGGAGGUUUUCCACAGCGGCUCAUGGGGGACAGUGUGUGAUGACUUGUGGGAUAUUGAGGAUGCACAGGUGGUCUGCAGACAGCUGCAGUGUGGAGUGGCCCUCAGUGCUCCAGUACCAGCCUGGUUUGGACCUGGAACUGGACCCAUAUGGCUGAAUGAGGUGGAGUGUGAGGGGAGUGAGACGUCCCUGUGGAACUGCACAUUUCAGCUGUGUGGAGAGGAUGAAUGUGGACACAAAGAGGACGUAGGAGUUGUGUGCUCAGAGUAUAAAGACAUCAGACUCACUGAGGGCUGUGAGGGGAGUCUGGAAGUGUUCUACAAUGGAACCUGGGGUAAUGUGUGUGAAAAUGAAAUGACUGAAGACACAGUUAAUUUGAUUUGUCAAGACCUUAACUGUGGAAAAUCUGGCAUUGGGAUGAAUGGUCAAGCAAGAGUAGAAUCAGCUCCAACCUGGCUGGGUGAUCUGAAAUGUAGGAAAUAUGACUCCACUCUGUGGCAUUGUCCAUCUUCACCCUGGGGACAGAACUACUGUGAUAGCAGUAACGACGUGGUUCACAUUACUUGCUCAGAUAAGGGAAGCUCACCUGCUCAUUCAACAUGUUUUUUGUCUCUAAACCAGCAACAGUGUUCAAAUCACUUGCCUCUCAGGCUGACAGGAACUGAGGGAAGCUGUUCUGGGAGGCUGGAGGUGUAUCAUAAUUCUGAGUGGGGGUCUGUCUGUGAUAAUCAGUGGGACAUCAGGGAUGCUCAGGUGGUCUGCAGGCAGCUAGGCUGUGGGCCGGCGCUGAGUGCUGAUAGGAGUGCUGUCUUUGGUGCUGGUGUAGGGCCUAUCUGGCUGAACAGAGUGAAGUGUAGAGGGAAUGAGAUUCACCUGUGGGACUGUUCUCAUUCCCUGAAGAACCACACAGACUGCUCCCACAGGCAGGACGCUGGAGUCACCUGUGCAGGGAGCUUGCUUUGA